CCGAGUGGCCAUAAAGCUGGGUGUAGCGCGAGAGACGAGCGCUGCGUUUAGGAUGACUGAUUGGGAGCCGUUCGGGCUUCCGUGAAACAGCGGCUGUUCCGAGCAGAAGGAACCAGAACGAACCAGCUCGUCGCGAAACAUGGCUUCUCUGGGUGAAUCGGUGAGGCUGGAAAGAGACAUCUCGCGGGCCAUCGAGCUCUUGGAGAAGCUGCAGAGGACGGGUGAGGUGCCCCCACAGAAACUCCAGGCGCUCCAGAGGGUCCUGCAGAGUGAAUUCUGCAAGGCUGUACGAGAGGUCUAUGAGCAUGUGUAUGAAACUGUGGACAUCAACAGCAGCCCAGAAGUCAGAGCAAAUGCUACUGCCAAGGCCACAGUAGCAGCAUUUGCAGCCAGUGAGGGCCAUUCACACCCACGUGUCGUCGAGUUGCCCAAGACUGAGGAGGGCCUGGGCUUCAACAUUAUGGGUGGCAAGGAACAGAACUCUCCCAUCUACAUAUCCCGCAUCAUCCCCGGAGGCAUUGCUGACCGGCACGGCGGGCUUAAGCGGGGCGAUCAACUGCUCUCCGUCAACGGGGCGAGUGUGGAAGGGGAACAUCACGAGAAGGCUGUGGAGCUCCUUAAGGCAGCCCAGGGUACUGUGAAACUUGUGGUGCGCUACACCCCCAAGGUCUUGGAAGAGAUGGAGUCUCGCUUCGAGAAGAUGAGGUCCGCCAAGCGUCGACAACAGAGCACCUACCCCCAGUAGCUGCCUUUUCAGACCCCACUCCAUGUCCUUUUCACUGCGUCUUACACUUCUGCCUUUUCAGUCAGGUCUUUCCUCUUGGCUUCUCUUUUCUACAGUACCAGCAACUCUGCUCAUGUGUCAAGAUGCAUGGAUUCCUUUCCCCCUUUACAACACUUUGUGCCACCUGCACUAUGAAUGUCAGCUAAUAAUGCUUAGUCUUUGGUUCAAUUAAUCAUGGUAAUAGGCCUGGUCAGAGAUACUUUGGCUAUACCUUUUUUUAUAGUUUUACAACACAGAAUAAUGCAGUAAUAAGAGUACAGUCCUCAUAGAACAAAAACUUCCACAAAGUUUGAGUUCAGCACUUCUGCACAGUCUUUGUAAUCAUGGGCACUGUCCCAUAUAAAUUCUGUAAAUAGCUCACCGAUAACUUUGCGUUCUGCACGAAUGAUCACAGCCUCGUUAAUCAUUGAAAGUAUCUUUUUUUUUUAUAUUGAGUCAAAUUUUUAAUUAAGAGCUGUUUCAUUUUAACUUGGUUUGUGAUGCUGGAGAGCUGUGCCUGUACAGGCUGUGGUGGUGAUGUACCAUAAUCCUUUUUUGGGUCAGUAAGGGGUGUGUGUGCAUGUGUGAAUGUCUAUAUAUUGUUUUUAACCUUCUGUAAAGACACAAAGAAAAGGAAGAACAAAAAGUCAUUAUGGUUAAGAUAAAUUUCAGGCUCCCAGUUUUUGUGGUGAUAUAAAUAUUCUUUGACAUGGACCACUAAAUAUAGCAUUGGUGAAAAUUCAUUUUAAGCUACUGCAUGUGAAUUCAUGUAGAAAAUUCCAUUUUUUUUUUUACUAUACGUUUUUGAUCCUGUAGAUGUUAACCCAUUUGAGAGGGUAAAAUCCAAUUCACAUGCUUACAUAUCACCUGAUGCAAAUGAAGUAAGG